AUGGGUCAAUUAUUGUCCCAUCCUCUUACCGAGAAAACUAUAAUAUACAAUGAUUAUUCUGCAGAAACCAAUCUACAAUUAGUUGUGCCGCAACAACAAAAACAGCUAUUUCUGAAACCUCAACGUUCAAGCGAACGACUACAUCGGUUACAUUUGCGUCGUCAUAGUCAUGAUAAUAAGGCUGGCGGUCAAGAGAGUAAUAUGGGUUCUGUUCCAGAAUCUAAUUCUGUUGUAACCGGUGGUUAUGUUCAGUUCUAUAACUGUGUUGGGUCUAUGCAAGGUUACCGACUAACGCAGGAAGAUUCCCACAUUAUUUCGAACAAUGAUAGCCAAUUAACCGUUAACUUUCGCAAUCCUAUUAGUGGGGUUCAGGAAACUUUGCAUCUUUCGGUAUUUGGAGUCUUCGACGGCCAUGGUGGAGACGAAUGUUCUAUUUUCCUUGCUAAUUCCCCUAAUGGAAUCUUAAAAUGGAUAAAAUACACGUUUGAAAACCACAAAUAUGGUAAGUAUGGGAACCAAUCAGAACAGGGUGGGCCAAUAAAACGCAGGUUUAGAACUAUAGAAGGGUUGGUUUCUCAGAUCUUGAAGGAUGCUUUUGCCUUACAAGAUAAUGAGCUCCACAGUCAUUUUGCGAACUCAACUUGCGGUUCCACAGCGAUAAUGGCAAUCAUAGUCAAUGGGCAGAUGUUAUAUGUUGUAAAUUGUGGGGAUUCUCGUUGCAUAUUAUCUUCCAGUGACAAGUGCAUUAAGAACAUGUCUUUUGACCAUAAGCCACAGCAUAUCAGCGAACUCAUCCGGAUUAACGAUGACGGCGGUACUGUGACUCUUGGGCGUGUUGGAGGGGUUCUCGCAUUAAGUAGGGCAUUUGGUGAUUUUCAAUUUAAAAAGAGUGUAGCUUAUACGCACUCCCAACUAAACAACCCGGGUGGUGUUCGGAGAUUUGUUAAUUUCGCAGAAUCACAAGUCACUGUAGAACCGGAUAUCCUGGCACACAAGGUGGACUAUCUGAAAGACGAGUUCUUAGUAUUAGCAUGUGACGGUAUAUGGGAUAUAUACAGCAACAAGUCCCUCAUCCAAUUUAUUAAAUAUCAUUUAAUAUUGGGACUAAAGUUGGAUGAAAUAGUUACGAGGGUGUUAGACCAUGGUAUAGCCAAUGCGGACUCAAGUACAGGGGUAGGUUUCGACAAUAUGACAGUUGUGAUCGUAGUACUAAACAGACCGGGUGAGACGUUAGAUCAGUGGUAUGCUAAGAUGAAAUCAAGAUUAGAGAAGGAGAAAGGUUUAGUUUAA